AUGGCUAAAUCGUUUUGGGAAUCUUUCAAGUCGCUACCACCUCGAACUCGCAUUUAUCUAGGAUUAGGUGGAAUAGCUAUUGGCUUGACGGGAAAUUAUAUAAGUGACAAACUCGAAGAAAAGUUUCCUGACAAUAUACCAUCAAACCCUCCCACAAACGCUAGCGGUCAGACUGAAAAUGCGUCUUCCAAUUCCCAAUAA